UAUUUCCUUGAGAGUUUCUUACUCUCCCACCACAGGUCCAGGUGGUUGUGGUCCACUAUGCAAAUGCAAAUUGUCUGACUCAGGCUGCUGGCUACUCGCUCAGUCUCCUUUAAAGCAGCCUUGGGUCCAGAGCAGUGAGAGCUCAGGGCAGAAGCCAUGGCUCCUGGUUUCCACUUCUCCUGGUUACUGGUUAGCUGGCUGGUGGUAACUACGGCGAAAGGACAAGAUGUAAUGACCCCUCCUGGUGGCUCACAGAAUAACGUGAACCCUACGGACUGCCAGAUCAUCACCCUCACCCCUCCUCCCACCACGAGGAAUCAGCUAACAAGGGCCCAGCCUGUCACAAGGACACCCACGUUUUAUUUUCCACCAAGGAGGCCCGGCUUCUACCCCAGGUUCCCUAACAUACCUUUCUUCCCUCCAAACAACCGUCGCUUCCAGCUCUGGCCUGUCUACCCACCACGAGGUAGACUGAUUCCUUGGAGAUUCUUCCUUGGAAGAAGGCAGCUCCAAAGCAGCUCAUCUGAGGAGAGCCUGGAGACAUGAGCGACCCAAAUGUGCUAAAGGGAAAGGAUCAACACUACUGGAAAAUUGUUUGUCUCUCUCUCCAACCUAAAAUCACUGCCUUACAAGAUUAAGUAUCCUCAGUGACAGUGACUAGAUUUUUUUUUAUUUUUGGUCAACAAUGAGGAGCUUGGAUUACACAUUUUUACUUACAAAAUCUGGCGGUAACGGCAUCAGUCUUAUUCCACAGGAUAUUAGUGCAAACAUAGUCU